AUUAGCGACCAACAUUUUAUAUGCUGCCCUAUGGUCGUACAUAACCUGCAACGUCUAAUGAUGUGCCAUAGAGAUCAUGAAGUAUUACAAUAUCAGUACAGCCAGAUGUUAUAUAGCUUCUGGUAGUAGAAUGGGUGAUUGAUUAAUUUUAAAGAAUUUGGCCUUUCUGAUGGCAUUGCCCCAGUAUUUUUGUUGGGACACAGAUAAACCACACUUAUCAAUAUAGUGGCUCUCAGAGCCGAGAUUCGAAUCCUGUACCUUUCAAAUACGGGAGUACUAACAACCCAAAAAAGGACGUUGACCUUACAAAUAUUGAGUUUACAGUUCUGUUACACCUGAACUUGAAAGGUCACCCAUCCACCUGUUCUGUUCAUAUCAAAUGUUGCUGCAGUUGUCAAAUUGUGUUGUACAGAUUAGGUCUAGUCAAGAUAUUACAGUUGUGUGUUAGUGAAAUGAACUAUAGUGUUCAACAGCGGGUUUUUAUGUAUGAUUCUUAUGUAAAAUACUCAUCAUGGAAAAAAUGUGUUCAAAAGUUUAGCCAAAAAUAUCCUGGUUUUACACUGCCAAGUAAAUCAACAAUAUACAGAAUAGUGCGACAGGUUCAUAGAACAGGUACUGUGCUUGACAAAAAGAGAAACCGAAGAAGGCAUGUUUUGACUGAAGAGGUUCUGGACGAUAUUGGUGCUCAAUUAGAAGCCAACCCAAACAUAUCAAUGCGCAAGGUGGCUUCACAAUGUGGAGUGUCAAAAAGCUCAGCUCAUGUUGCAAGAAUUCUUUUAAAUAAACAGUCUCUGGAUUGUGAAGUAAGAAGUUGGUCCACAAUGAAUGCUCAGCAUAACAAAGACAAUUGUGUUUCUGCAGACUUACUGCAAGACAAAACAGAAACACAAACUGAGCCACCUGCAGAGAUUGCAGAUCCCAGGGAACAUGAGCAAAGUAUGACUGAUGUCAAGAUGUCACCAGUUGAUUCUAUAAAGGUUUAUUUCAAGACUCUGACACAGUGAUAAUGGAAUGGCAGUGUAUGCUGAAAUAAAAGAUACAAACAACAAAUGAACUUUGUAGGAGCAAGGGUGUAUUCAUCAUGAACCCACUUCAGUAUAUACACCACUUAUAACAAUCAGCUACUUGAAGGUGGUGUGUCAGUAUUAUAAAACAGUGUUACUCAGAACAAGUUCUGUGGCAUAAAGAAAGUUGUCUCUUUUGUGAGACUCAUUACUCUUCCUUCAUCGUUUUCAAGUAUCAGUCAUUACAAUAUAAUUUCAGGAUGUUCUAAUAAUUUUUUAGAUAUUUGUAACAACAAAGAUUUGUUUGUGACUUUACAUUUAAUAAAUGCAAAAUGUAAAAGAGAAUUGCACUGGAAUCUGAACCCAUACAA